UGGCAACACAUCUCGUAUCCUAAGAAAACUGCGCAUGCGCAAUAUUGUCUGUUUGGAUAUGGUGAAGCGUAUUGCAAAUACUUAGGAAGCUUUGGAAUACCAAAAUUUCAAAUUGAGGAGGCAUAAAAAAUGUCUAUUUUUGAGGAUCAUACUCAUUUGGGCUUUAUAAAUGAUAGGAUAAAAAAAGCUGAAAAAAGAUUGGAGCAAAAUCCAUAUGAUGUUGAAGCAUGGAGUAUUAUUGUAAGGGAUGCUCAGAACAAGAAAAUUGAUGAAGCUCGGCCAUAUUAUGAGAAGCUAGUUGUACAGUUUCCAAGUGCUGGAAGAUAUUGGAAGUUAUACAUCGAACAUGAGAUGAAAUCAAGAAAUUAUGAGAGAGUUGAAAAGUUGUUUACUCGAUGCCUUGUUAAAGUUUUAAAUAUUGAUUUGUGGAGGACUUAUUUAAGUUAUGUAAAAGAGACUAAAGGAUCCCUACCUUCAUAUAGAGAAAAAAUGGCUCAAGCAUAUGAUUUUGCUUUAGAGAAGAUGGGUAUGGACAUUAUGUCCUAUCCAAUUUGGAAUGAUUAUAUUACAUUCUUGAAAAAUGUGGAAGCUGUUGGAAGUUAUGCUGAAAAUCAAAGAAUAACAGCUGUGAGGAAGGUUUAUCAGAGAGGCAUUGUGAACCCUAUGACAAACAUUGAACAACUUUGGAAAGAUUAUGUCAGCUACGAGCAGAGUAUUAAUCCUAUCAUAGCUGAUAAAAUGAUUCAAGAUAGGAGUAGGGACUACAUGAACGCUCGCAGAGUUGCUAAAGAGUACGAAGCGGUCACGAGAGGCUUAAAUCGCAAUGCACCUUCUACACCUCCUCAAGGGUUACCUGAAGAAGUUAAGCAG